UAUUAUUUUUAUUUUAGGCAAUUUAGAAAGGAAAAAGAUUAUAGAGACAAUUAGGAGGAAAGGGAAUUUUAUAUACAAUACAGAUCCUUCCAUAAAUACAGGACAGUUAAUUGUUUGUCGAAGACCUGCCAAGAUUAGUCGUAAAACUGUACGAGAUUUUACAUGUUGUGCCAAAUGUAAAGGAUGGUUCACUAAAAAUAAUAUUAGGCAUCAUUUUAAACAAUGUGCAAAUGUAUCCAAAGGCAGAAAUGUACAAAUUUUGGGACGUGCCGUAAUGGGAAGAAUCCAUGAAUGUGCAAGUGAGAUAGUAAGAAAAAAUUUAUUCCCAGUUAUGAGGGAAGAUGACGUUACACGAUGUAUUAGAUACGAUAAAUUACUAAUAACAUAUGCAAACAAGCUAUGUAUCAAAUACACUCUUGCACAUCAACAAGACAUGAUACGUGCCAAACUUCGAUUAUUAGGUCGAUUUCUUAUAGCAGUGAAAGAAUAUAACAGUAACGUAAAAGAGUUUUCUGAUAUAUAUGAUCCUUCGAUAUACGACGACUGUCUUAAAGCAGUAAAUAAAGUAGCUGGUUUUGAUUAUAUUAAUAAAAAAUUUGGUGCUCCAUCAAAUGCAUCAAAUAUUGGAACAUAUUUAAAACACCUUGGUAAUUUAUUAAUACUAGAGUGCCUAAGAACAAAGAAUAAAGAAAAACAAAGUGCCACAGAAGAUUUUCUAAAAAUAGUACAAGAAGACUAUGGGACAUCUAUAAACAAAAUAGUGGAAGAAAAUGUAACGCAACAUAAAAGACAGAAAAAAGUUACGCUUCCAUCUAUGGAAGAUAUAAAAAAGUUACAUUCAUAUCUAAAGGACAAAAGAAUACUAUUAUAUACAAAACUUGAAAAAAAAUUCACCUACCAAAUCUGGCAAGAACUUGCAAAAGUGACACUUACGUCUACACAAGUUUUCAAUAGGAGACGAGCAGGAGAAAUUGAACGUAUUACCAUAGAAGAUUUUAAUACACGCGAAGGCAUAACAAAGGAAACUUGUUUAGAUUUAUAUAAAUCAUUAAGGACAAAUUUACAACAGGUACAAGUUAUGAUUUUAUUAACGUAUAAGCGAAAUACAAUAAUCGCUGAUAAGUACGUCAGAUUCUUAAUUCGUGGCAAAUUAGGACGUACGGUGCCUGUGAUUUUAGACACAGAAUUAGUUCAGUGUAUUGAAUUAAUUUUGAAACAUCGGAAGGAUGCAAAUGUCCCUGAAAAAAAUCCAUAUGUGUUUGGCAUACCUAGUAACAACAAGCGCUGUUUCAAAUAUUUAAGGGCAUGUAACCUUAUGCGGGAUUUCUCUACAAAAUGUGGUGCACAGAUACCACAUGCCUUGAGAGGCACUGAAUUACGCAAACAUAUCGCUACAACGUGCAUUACAUUGAAUUUAUCUGAAAAUGAAGUAGAUGACUUAGCAAACUUUAUGGGACAUCAUGAAAAGAUUCAUAAACGCCACUACAGACAGUCGAUACCAGCAAUGGAGAUUAUUCGUAUGACAAAGUUUCUUGAAGCAGCAUUAGGUGAAAAUGUGUCACAGUCCAGUAAUAACUCAGAAAAGAUAGUACAAGAUACAAAUAAGGAUAUUUCGAGUGAGGAAUCAGAAAGCGAUACUGAAACAUGUAUGGUAAAGUUACAUGAGCAUUUCUCACAAUCGAAAAGAAAACCUAAGACUCGCAUAACGGACAGACAACAAAAGUCUGACAACAACAAAAAAGUUAUACAUCAAAACACAACUAUAAACGAUGACGAUGUAAAUGAUGACAAUGAUUCUGAUGAAAAUAUUCCAAAGAAGAAGAAACGUCGCAGUAGUAAGUUUUUAUUUUAUAUAGUUUUAAUAAUUUAAUAAUAGUGCUUUGUCGGCUGUACACAGAACUAUCGAAAUCGCGUUUUCGAUAGUUCUGUGUACAACCGACAACCCGUAUCGGCGCGCAGUUCGAAAAAGUCGAAAUAGACGCGUAGACAACAUCU